GAACGGAAGCCGCGAGGGGGAAUGAUAAGGAUCCGGAGGAGCACUGAGCGCAGCAGGCUUCCAGGGCCCCGGAUCCAUUGGUUCUGAUGUGAACCCCCCCGUUAUGGAUUUGUCUGGGGGGCCAACAACGCUCUAGGGAACCUGCUUAGUAUUAAGAUGAAUCUAACGGACAGAAUUGCGGAGUUUGCUGAGCCGGGUCGUAACGAUUAUGUGAACAGCACGUCCGUGUCGCACAUGGGCAACGCUACAUUUCGAGACAUCCAGGAGAUGAUACAUACGGCCACCCUGGUCACAUGCACUUUUCUACUGGUCAUCAUCUUCUGCCUGGGAUCCUAUGGAAACCUCGUAGUCUUCUUGUCCUUCUUCGACCCGGCCUUUAGGAAAUUCCGGACCAACUUUGACUUCAUGAUCCUGAAUUUGUCCUUCUGUGACCUUUUCAUCUGCUGCAUUUCCGCCCCCAUGUUUGCCUUUGUCUUGUUUUUAGAUUCCGGCAAAAAUGUACCCGACGCGUUUUGCUUCACUUUCCAUCUCACCAGUUCGGGAUUUAUCAUCAUGUCUCUGAAGACAGUGGCCGUGAUUGCACUUCACCGCCUGCGAAUGGUGCUCGGCCAGCAGCCCAAUAGGACGGCCUCCUUCCCUUGCACUUUAAUGCUGACCGUUCUUUUGUGGACCACGAGUUUUACGUUGGCCACGCUGGCCACUCUAAGGACACGGAAGUCUCGCAUUUGCCUUCCCAUGUACAGCCUGAUUAACGGCGAGGGGAAAAUUAUCUUGUACUUGUACGUCAUUGAUUUCACCUUCUGUGUUGCCGUCGUGUCCGUUUCCUACAUCAUGAUCGCUCAAACGCUGAGAAAAAAUGCCCAAGUCCGAAAAUGCCCAAUAAUCACUGUAGACACAUCAAGGCCGCAGCCGUUUAUUGGGCCGGCAGUAGACGGUGUGCAUUGUGCCGUGCCUGCUCUGUACAGGAAUCAGAACUACAACAAACUACAGCACGUCCAGACCCACGCCUACACCAAAAAGCUCAGCCAGGUGCCCGUGCCAUCCAGUCGCUUGCAGCUCGUCUCUGCCGUCAACUUGUCCACUGCGAAGGACUCCAAGGCCGUGGUGACUUGUGUUGUCAUCGUCCUCUCUGUUUUAAUCUGUUGCCUCCCGUUAGGCAUCUCAUUGGUCCAAGACGUCCUCACCAGUAACAGCAGUUUUAUCCUGUAUCAGUUUGAGCUCUGUGGCUUCACGCUCAUAUUCCUCAAGUCGGGUUUGAACCCGUUUAUUUAUUCCCGUAACAGCGCCGGACUGAGGAGGAGGGUCCUCUGGUGUCUGCAGUACGUUGCCCUUGGCUUUUUGUGUUGCAAAAAAAAGACUCGGUUACGUGUCAUGGGCAAAGGGAGUCUUGAGGCCAACAGGAACAAGUCAUCUCACCAUGAGACCAACUCUGCCUACAUGUUGUCCCCAAAACCACAGAAGGAGUUUGUGGACCAAGCGUGUGGCCCAAGCCAUUCUAAAGACAGUGUUCUAAGCCCUAAAGGCUCUGCUGGGCAUCAACACUACGCCCAAAGCAGCUCCACUCCAAUCAAUACCCGCAUUGAACCCUAUUACAGUAUCUACAACAGCAGCCCCUCCCAGGAACUCAGCACCCCCAACAGCCUGCAGCCGGUCAACUCCACAUUCGGAUUUGCCAAGUCCUAUAUCGCCAUGCACUACCAUACGGCCAACGACUUGAUGCAAGACUGCGAGAGCACCUCGGCCAAGCAGAUCCCUGUGCCGUCCGUAUAAUGACAACACAUCUUGUCAGCAUUUUAUUUUGUUGCCAUAUAAAUCUCUAGGUUUAACAAAUGACAGUUUGGCGAGUGUUAGGACUCACGUGUACACAAAGUAUUUUCACAGAACUUUAUUAAAUAACGUAACGUUGCAUUACUGGAGAGUUUACUUGAUCCGACUUCCUUUUGUACUUACAAGGGCACUUACACGUUAAAUCACUCAACAGCAACUCAUGUAGGUGCAGAACUGCAUCCCGCCAGUAAUACAUAGUAAACCAUUAGCAGUUUGCUGCCGGAGCAUAAUCAAAUCAGGAGGCCCUACUUCUGAUGGAUAUGGAUGAAACGGGGCAUCUCCCACUUCUGUGCCAAGAAAAGGGCAUCAGCAGAAAAGAUUUUCACUUCAGACUGUCAGAGCAGAGCAACAGAGGUGACAGUUGGUCAGAGUGAGGGCAAAUCUGGGCUGGCCCUUCUCCAUGCCAAAACGUGUCUAAUAUAGAACUUUUGAAUGACAUUUUCCAGAAUCCGCAACAAUAUAAAAGAAUUAUGAAUGUUGUGCCAAACAUGGUUCUCAUAUACUGGGUGCCAGGGCUAUAGUAAAAUUAAUUUACAUAGGGUGUCACGCAACUGCCAGCACUACACAGCGGCACAUGUUGGGCUUCAUGGUCUACAGAAGCUAAAAGGUGGAGCGUUUGCCCCCUCUACCCAUUUUUAAUAAGAAAUUGGUUUGGCUUCAGUAUCAGGACAAACAGAAUAAGGUUCUUUACAGGUAAAAAAAAAGUCAUUGUAUAAUACAAGUAUAUUUUUGUAUUGGGGGCAGAAAAUACAAAAUGUAAAGAUGGAUUCAUUUUUUCUAAUGGCAGAAAUGUUUAGUUUUUAUUUAAUUGUUAUCCCCAUAACAUUGUUUCUUUAUUUAUUGAGAUUAAACUUUGUAAAUGGAA